AUGGGAACAAUAAUCCGGACUCAAAAAGUCCACUCUACUAGUUAUGAUCCGUCCACUUGUGAGAUAAAAUCGACUACAAAAAACUGUGUUCAUUAUAUGCUCUGUGUCCAAGGCGACGAUCUUGAAUCGUUUGAUUCGGAAAUAGAAUCCAAUCAGACAAAUGGCCGCGAGAGAUCAAUAACAAGAGCAAAGGGAACUGCACCUGCGCGGUCCAGCAUAGUAUAUCCAGAUUUUGGGGUAAACAACUUCCAGAUACGGGUUGAUUGGAUUAAUUUGAUGAGUAACACUCUAUGGUCGGAUAAUCAGCAAGGGAGCAGUUCAAACAAUAACCAGCCAGAGAAAAAACUAAGUUUGGGGGAGAUGUUUAACCAAUACAUGCAAAAGACAGAUAAGGUGUUCCAUCAGAUUGACACUAACUUUGAGAAUCAGCAAGAAUCUAUCAAGAAAUUGAAAACUCAAAUUGGACAGAUAGCUCAACAGCUUGCAGAACGCCCACAAGGGACAUUGCCAGGCAACACAAUGGUCAAUCCAAAAAAGCAAGUGCAAGCUAUUACAACCAGAAGUGGGAAACACGAAAGGAAAGAAACAUCCAUAGUUAGAGCACCAAGCCCCGUGAAAGCUUAUGUGCUACCAAUUCCCUUUUCUCAAAGGCUACAAAGAAAGAAGUUGGAUAAACAGUUUGUCAAGUUUGUGGAGAUUUUUAAGAAACUGCACAUAAAUAUUUCAUUUGCAGAUGCAAUAGCCCAAAUGUCCAGCUAUGUAAAAUUCUUAAAGGAGAUCUUGUCUAACAAAAAGAAGUUGGAAGAACAUGAGACUGUCUGCCUAAAAGAGGAGUGCAGUGCAAUUCUAUUGAAGAAGCUACCUCCUAAAUUAAAAGACCCAGGGAGUUUCACGAUACCUUGCAUAAUUGGUUCUAAUUAUUUUGAACAUUCUUUAUGCGAUUUAGGUGCUAGUGUUAAUUUGAUGCCUCUCUCUGUUUACAGAUCUCUUGGAUUAGGAGAAGCAAAACCUACAAUCAUCUCUUUGCAACUGACUGACAGAUCGAUCAAACGACCGAAGGGGAUUACUGAAGAUGUGCUAGUCAAAGUUGACAAAUUUAUUUUUUCGACUAACUUCAUUAUUUUGGACAUGAAGGAGGAUUCAAACAUUCCUCUGAUCUUUGGAAGAACUUUCUUGGCUACCGGAAGAGCACCGAUUGAUGUUUAUGAUGGAAAUAUGAUUAUUAGGGUGGACAAUGAGCAAGUCAUAUUCAACGUGUUCAAGGCGAUGAAAUAUCAAUUGACUUCAGACGCUUGUUGCCAAGUAGAUGUUCUUGAAGAGCUUGUGGCAGAUAUAUUUGAGGCAGAGCAUCAAACAAAUAUUUGUGAGGCAGAACUUGUUAAACCGGAAGCAACAAAUGCAGGAAAAGCUGAAUGUGUUGUCAACUUGACCGAGUAA